GCAUACGGGAAGGGAGAGAGAAGGGCAGAGGGAACAGGUACAGGGCAGCGGCCUGGCUCAGAGGCUCUCUUCAAGACGCUUGACCUUCAGUCCCGUCCCUUGGCCCUUUAAUACCGAAAAGGAGUAUUGAGGCCACAACCAGCCCGCGGAGAAGGGUGGGAAGCCAGUCUGACGGUGACGCUUCCCCCAGCAGGGGGCCGCCAUAUUGCAAUACGGAAGAGGCGCCAUUUUGCAUCAGGGAAGAUUUGCUGGCUCUUCCUCUCCAACAGGGCGCCGCCAUUUUAGAUUACGGAAUUCCUUUUCCCCCCCUCUCAAUGGUGGAGGUUCUUCACUAGGGCGCCGCCAUUUUGGGUUACGAACGAAACGGCAAACCCACAGGGGUCCUCGCCCUCCCUUCGUUUAGGUGCCUUCAUAAAAUGCCCGCUGAGAAUCCCCUCUUUUUUCGCCCCGCUCUCAAGAUGGCGUCGAUGCGGGAGAGCGACACUGGCCUGUGGCUACACAACAAGCUGGGCUCCACGGACGAGCUGUGGGCGCCGCCGAGCAUCGCCUCGCUGCUCACGGCCUCGGUGAUCGACAACAUCCGCCUCUGCUUCCACAGCCUCUCCUCGGCCGUCAAGCUCAAACUGCUGCUGGGGAUGCUGCACCUGCCCCGCCGGGCGGUGGAUGAGAUGAAAGGUGCACUGACUGAAAUUAUCCAGCUCGCUACCUUGGAUUCAGACCCCUGGGUCUUAAUGGUAGCUGAUAUUUUAAAAUCCUUUCCAGAUACUGGCUCCCUUAACCUUGAUCUUGAAGAACAGAAUCCCAAUGUUCAAGAUAUUUUAGGAGAACUUAGGGAAAAAGUAAGUGAAUGUGAAACAUCAGCUAUGUUGCCGUUGGAAUGCCAGUACUUAAACAAAAAUGCCUUGACAACACUAGCUGGGCCACUUACUCCCCCAGUGAAACACUUCCAGCUGAAAAGAAAACCCAAAAGUGCCACUCUUCGAGCAGAACUCUUGCAGAAAUCAACAGAAACCGCACAACAGCUCAAGAAGACUGCAGGAGUGCCUUUCCAUGCCAAAGGGAGGGGGCUGGUCAAAAAAAUAGAUACAACAACCCCGCUCAAAGGAAUACCAAAACAAGCUCCAUUCAGGAGUCCCACAGCACCUAGUGUAUUUAGCCCUGCUGGAAACAGAACCCCUAUACCUCCAUCAAGAACACCUCUGCGCAAAGAAAGAGGAGUGAAGCUACUAGAUAUCUCAGAGUUGGAUAUGGUUGGUGCUGGUCGUGAAGCAAAGAGAAGAAGAAAGACUUUAGAUACAGAAGUGGUGGAAAAACAAGCCAAAGAGGAAACAGUAGUGGAAAAUGCAACUCCAGAUUAUGCUGCUGGCCUUGUGUCUACCCAGAAACUUGGCCCUCUGAACAAUGAGUCUGCACUACCUUCUACAAGCUAUCUGCCUGCAACACCCAGCGUGGUUCCAUCUUCCUCCUAUAUCCCAAGCUCCGAAGUGCAGCCAGCUGGAUCGGUGCGAGAGGCCAUACAGACGAACAGGCAACCUGAAGAGCCUACAGCUCCAAACACUACUCCUCUUCCUGCUCAGUUCAAACAACGAACACCCAUGUAUAACAGUAACUCAAAUCCAGCUGCAGCCACACCUACUUCACCUCUAACACCUACUACACCUCCCGCCAUUUCCCCUGCCGCACAACCUCCACAAGUAGCCCCCCAAACUCCGCAGCAGCCACCACCCAAGAAAAGCCUUUCUCUCACGAGGGAGCAAAUGUAUGCCGCACAGGAAAUGUUCAAGACUGCAAACAAAGUUACCAGGCCAGAAAAGGCUCUUAUCCUUGGGUUCAUGGCAGGAUCCAGAGAGAAUCCUUGCCAAGAGCAAGGCGACAUCAUUCAGAUUAAACUUAGUGAGCAUACAGAAGUUUUACCAAAGGCCGAUGGCACUGGGAGCACCACCAUGUUAGUUGACACAGUCUUUGAAAUGAACUAUGCUACAGGCCAGUGGACCAGACUCAAGAAGUACAAACCUAUAACUAAUGUUUCCUAAGAGAUUCAGUAACAACAAACUGCGGACCAAACCAAGACUAGAAUCAGCCAGCUCCUGUAGAGUGCGUCAGUUGUACAAAAUGGCAUUCACGUGUAGGUUUCUUAUUCCCUUCCAGAAGACAAGUUGUGGCUAUCCAAACUAACUGGGCUCAGGUGACUGCAGUAUGAAGAUUCUGUCAAACUUGACAGACUUUUUUUUUUUUUUUUAAUAGAAAGGUGGCGGAAAAGUUAACAUUUGUUCUGUGAUUCAGGGUGCCAGAAAUUGACAUCACAGCUGAAAAUUUGCUUUUCACUUUGAGAGCAUUUCAGUUCCAAGCACUGAGGAAAGGACAAUUACAGAAUCACAGUUUACCACUAAGCAAGGGCACAGAUUUUAUUGCAGAAAUAUUUACUCUGACUACAUGGGUUCCAUCCACAUAUGGACACUUGCACCACCACAGGUAUUUGCAGUUAUUCCUGCAAUUUGAUUGCAGUAAAUCUAACCAUUGCGAGUGGUAGAUGUCUAAUGGCACCCACUGUGUGUUUAGCUUGUCUUUUCCAGGAUCAUAGGGUGGUUUGAGAAGUUUUGUUAAUCUUACUGUAUUGCGAAUAUUAAUGCCCAGCACAAGUUAAUCUGUAAUCAAUUGAGAUGGAGGGGAACUGAAUAUCUUAACCUUUUAUGCAGCAAAAUUUAUAAUUUCCUUUAGUGUCAAACUUAAGAUUGCCAAAAAAUUCUCACCUUGCUUAUGGGCUGCUUAGGGAUCAUAGCUCUUUGCUACCAGGUGAGGCGCACCGUGGAGAUUAAUCUCUGGCUCUUGUACAGGAGGCCCCCUGGGCAACAUACCUUUCUCUUGGAGGGAACGAAGCUUGUUUUGUGCUUACAUGCCUCUCAAGAGCAGUUGAGUGUUACUGCAGUCUUAAGAGUGGCUCUUCCAGCCACAAAGUGAGUUACUGUCAUAUCUGUGAAUGUGGAGGGUUAGCGAGACUGCCUUUAUGGCAAAUUCCUGGGGGGGGGGUUGUUUUUUGUUUUCCUCCUUCAGUGCAAGUUUGACUAAGCAGUCACUGGGCAUUUGAUGACCAAGGCCUGGACUACACAGUUUUUGUACUGGUACAACUGCUGGAUGUGACAUUCUUGAAAACUGAUCUAGUUAUACCAGUACAACCUCUAGCAUGAACGCAGUUAUACCAGCAUAAAGGGGUCUUAUGCUUGUAUAGUUUAUUCCCUUUCCCAUACAGGAAUAGCUAUACCAUACAUGCACACAUGCCAAUAGAAUUGUACCAAACUAGGAGGAUUGUACCACUUUAACUGAACUGGUACAGUUAAAGCGGUACAGCUUGUGUGUAGACCAGGCGUAAGUAGUGACUUCAGAAUUUGGCCCUUAAUGGAGACUUGCGUUAAACGUCCAUGUUUAAAUUUCUUUCAGCCAAUCUCAUGCGUGGGAUUGCACUUGCCUGGAAAGGUGAUGCUGGGGAGGGAGAAGUACAAGGAUAAGUCACAUAACAUUGUGAGAGACUGAUGUGGGGCCUUGUGAUGACUCAAAGUUGGCCUUAAAAAGGAAUGUUAAUCUAUGACUUAGGCCAACACAAGAUCUUUUUCUAAGAUAAAAGCAAAUAUCCCCUAAGUGAUACAUCCGUGUGCGAACAUGGCCUAUAGAUACUGUCAUUUAGCUUUUUACAUUGGGCAUUUUUAUUUUCAGAUUAUCCAGCUUUGUGCCUAUUUGAACAGGGUGAGCAUUAAUGAGGAAACAUAUUUACAACAUUUGUAUUGUGAUUUGAUCAAAAGUAUGUAUACUUGCUCCAACAAAAUUAAGGUCCAGAAUAUCCUAAAUUAACUAUUCUAACACUUAGUGGUUGAGUUGUACUGUUGGAACUUCCAUUAUCACUAAAGAGUUGUGCGCAUAUAUCAGUGAGAGAAUGGGAUUCCUCAGCAUAACUGUCACUCUGGAAAGUGCCCUCUACUUAAUUACUCUAUUUCUGCAGCAAGGUAGACUAUUUUCCAACUGAUACAAAUCAGCCAAACAAGCAACAGGAACAAGUUAAGAUGAGUGGAGGGUUUUAGUUUUUAGAAUGAAUUCACUGUAAGAUGCAUUCACAAUGGUUAUAACUUCUUUGACUUAAUACCAUUACAAAUGAAGGGCUAAAGUCAGAGUAUGAAAAGUAUGUCUUUUUAAAAAUGUGUAAGGAAUAAAUUGCAUUCCUUUU